CGGCCUUGGUCGCCAAUGUUCAGUCGAAUUUUACAAGUGUAGUGCAGUAAAUAUGGAGAGUGUUGCUUGUAUCGAUCAGAAAGCCAGGGAAUUUUUCGAAAAGCUAGUGGAAAACUGAAGACUACUGUGUUUGAUGAUUUUCUCGUUUGUUAUGCUAAUAAUAACAAACCAGUUGGAUCAUAUGAAUGAGGAGCUGUACGUGAAGGGCUUUCUUGUAAAGGCUUCAAGCAGUACUGUAUUAGGUGAAAUUCACAGCACUACAAAACUUGAAGCACAUAUAACUUUUUCUCUUGAAACUGUUUCACAGUCGAAGAUAGAAACCAUCAUGAUAAAUGGGAAGGUGAUGGAGAAAACGUUCUCCAUCAAACUCGUUGACAAUGUGUAUGAAAUCUCUACUACGGAAUCGGUGAAUGGAGAAAUGAAGUCAUCAACUAAAAAGCAGCUACUAAAGUCUACUAUGUUUGGAUUCAUAACUGAAGGUGCAGAUAUAAUCUUCCAGAGAAUGGUGGUCAAGUUAUCUUCAAUCCCACUUGAGGUCAUUGGUUUGGAUCCAGAUUACAACCUAGCCACGGUGUCCUAUGUCAGUCUUGGAGAGAGAAACAUAUUCGUUGGAGAUAGUGAAGUGGCUGUCAAAGGGAUUCAACGGACGGUACAUUCAAAGAGUUCUCUCCCAUCCUCGUGGCAAACCUACUUCAUGGAUGAUGGCCAUUUGAUACUCAGAAUGCAAGUUGGAUCUCCAAUCACCAUCAAGGUGGACAAAAUACCUGAACGCUUCAAAAUAGGUCUGUUUCUGUGCCUGUUUCCAUUAUACUUUACGGAAAUUUUGUUCCUAAUUUAGAGGAGUAUUUACCUGAACCAGUUAUUCCACAUAUUAGCCUGAAUUGGGAAGAUGAUCUGGAACUUUAUUCACGUUUUCUGGAUCGAAAAGAUGAAAUCAAAGCUCAAUAUCUGUUAUACUUACGCGAUCAUCCAGAAAUACGUGAUAUGAUUUCUGAUUUCAUCAAAUCCCUACUACUUCAUAAACCAGAUGAAGUAGUGAAAUAUGCUUCAGAAUACUUCAAGAGUUUUUCAACUCGAGCUUUGCCUAGUCAAACAUUUCCUGUAGUAACUAUAUAAGGCCAUGAUUUUAUUGUUUUUCAUAACUUAUAAAGUAUAAAUAACGCUUUUUGCCAUCGUAAAUAUACUCUCAGUCUGUACUGUCAUCUGGUUGCCUACGUACACAUUAAUUUUAAUUUUCUUCUUAGCCUUUACUGAUUCCAGUUAGUUUGUUCUCUGUGUACAAUUAAUUUUUGAUUGUUUCUACUAUUUAAGAAAUCAUUAGAAUAUAAUUAAUAAAAACUAAUAUUAAUGAUAUUAAUAUACAUGUUUUAAUGGAUUCAUUUUACACUUUUAGUUUGCUCUAAGUUGAUCAAUUAAAUUGUGACCUUUUUAUUUCAAUUUGGAGAAAGUUUUGUUAACCAUGUGAAUGUCUUACAAAGGUGUAAUAAAAAUCAAAAAAUAAUGACUAAGUAUUGGAUUGUA